CGACAGGACUCCAGUGAGAAACAACAUGAAUGCUCCCAGUGUUUCGAAACAUUUGCUAGACGUUUCGAUCUUGCAAGUCAUCAAAGAAAACACACCGGAGAAAAGCCCCAUCAGUGCAGUAUAUGUGGGAAGGCCUUUAGUCAAAUGUCUAACCUCAAGACACACCAGAUGAUCCAUACGGGGGAGAAGCCACACCAGUGCAGUACAUGUGGGAAGGUCUUUAGUCAAAUGUCUAACCUCAAGACACACCAGAUGAUCCAUACUGGGGAAAAGCCACACCAGUGCAGUACGUGUGAGAAAGCCUUUAAUCAAUUGUGUGAUCUAAAGAAACACCAGACGAUCCAUACUGGGGAAAAGCCAUACCAGUGCAAUACAUGUGGAAAGGCAUUUAGUCAAUCAUCUGGUCUCAAGUCACACCAGAGGAUCCAUACGGGGGAAAAGCCGUAUCAGUGUACUACAUGUGGAAAGUAUUCCAGGAGUAUCUCUGACCUCAUCAGACAUCAGAUUACACAUACUGGAGAAAAGCCACAUCAGUGUUCUCAAUGUGGAAAGGCCUUUACCCAAAUGUCUAAUCUCAAGAGACAUCAGAGGAUCCAUUCAAAUGAUGUGCUGCCCUGCUAAUACAUGAUGGAGUAGCACUUACUGAAAUAUUUAUUGAUUAGCUGAGUUUUAAACAAUGUUUGAUGUACAAGAUGAAGUAUUAUUUUAUCAUAUUUGAAACGUAUAAUGGGGUAGAGAUUGAAACAUUAAUGAUUAGGGUACAUUAAUUCAAUAAAAGAAUAACUUGAAGUGAGUGUUUUUUCAAGUAUGUUUGUGUGGGGGGGAUUUGUGUCUGUGUGGGUAUACAAUAUAUAAUCGACAAGCAGUAUUUGGCGCAAAAAAAAGUGUUUGUGCGAGCUUCCUAGACUCAUGGCCUAAACGGCACCUAAUAUGAAGGCUCUGGGCUCAUCUUCAGCUCAUAGAUGUGUUAGUGUCAGAGAUGGGUGAGGGGGAGGGGGGAACUAAAUGUCUCUCCAUUCCUCAUUAUAGGGAACUGUAUUUCUUCUGUUAAACACUCUCAUGUCAAAUGUGGAGGAGAGUCAGAGGGAACUGUUGUAUUGUUGACAGAAAAACGCGUAAGACAUAUUUAAUCUAAACAGAAAAGGACACAUGUAUGGAUAAAGUUAAAAAAGGAACUCACUCCCUCAGAUAUUCACAUUUACCUGUAUGCCAUCUAUAUUACUCCCCUUUCAAAUACUACAAUCAGAAAUUAUAAUCCAUCAUAAAUAUAAUUACUAUAUGCCCCCAUAUGACUCAGCAAUUAUAAUCCAUAAUAAGUAAGUUGCUGAAUUGUUGGUUAAGUAGAAUUCAGAUCUAAUUAAUUCCAAUGUUUCGUUUACAUUUACUAAACACUGGAUGGUUAGCGAAUGGUUCUUUUGCUUUACUCAGCAAAAUGUGAGUCUCAUGGAGGGAUGUCUGUUUCAUUGUGGAUAGAGAUAUUAUGGAAAUACCUUAGUUAUGGGACACUAUCUGCAGUCUGUUACAUUGUAAACACUAAGCACUUUAUUGACUACAA